GUCAAUCGCAGACGUGAACGAAAGAGUGACGUCUUCCUUCUUCAGCUCUCUCUCUCUCUCUCUCUCCUUGGAAUCAUUCAUCAAUGGCGGAGACAGAGUCACCGAGCUCUGUUCGUAAAGUUGUUGUUCAUCUGAGAGCUACUGGAGGCGCUCCUAUUCUCAAACAAUCUAAAUUCAAGAUCCCAGGAACUGAUAAAUUUGCUAAAGUGAUUGACUUUUUAAGAAGACAGCUUCAUUCUGACUCAUUGUUUGUCUAUGUGAACAGUGCUUUCUCGCCAAAUCCUGAUGAAUCAGUAAACGAUCUAUACAAGAACUUUGGCUUUGAUGGUAAACUGGUGGUUAACUAUGCGUUUUCAAUGGCGUGGGGAUAAAUCCCUAUAUACUACUACAGUCUACAGUGUUCUCAGGCCGUGGUCUUGAUGGAUGCUCUGGUGACUUUCAGAUGGAAGUUGCUGUACAUAAUGUAGCAAUGGACUUGAUAUUUUUCACUCUACAUACAUGUAAAUAAAGACCACAUCAAAGUUCUAAAAACUAGAUCUUCAAUUCUCGUCUUUUUAUUUUUGUUGGGCCUGUGUUUGAGAUUCAGAAUCAGGAAACAGAGGGAGUACAUUAUAAUGCAAUGAACUUGACAUUGAUAUAA